AUGGCGAGCGGGUUGAGGAUUCUGGUCCCCGUUAAGCGGGUGAUUGAUUAUGCCGUCAAACCGCGCAUCAACAAGACACAAACAGGCGUCGAAACCACCGGCGUAAAACACUCGCUCAACCCCUUCGAUGAAAUCGGUGUCGAGGAAGCAGUCCGUCUCCGCGAGAGAAAAGGCCCAUUGAAAGUCGAAAACAUCCUUGCUCUAUCCGCCGGUGGUGCCAAAUGCGCCGACACGCUCCGCACAGCUAUGGCCAUGGGCGCCGACAAGGCCUUGCACGUUGACGUCCCCGAGUCCGCCGACGGUGGCCCCGAGCCCUUGACGAUCGCAAAGCUACUGCAGGGCGUCGUGCAAAAAGAAAAUAUCAACAUGGUCUUGCUGGGUAAACAGGCUAUUGACGGCGACCAGGGACAGACGGGACAGAUGUUGGCGGGACUGUUGGGCUGGUCGCAGGCGACUCAGGCCAGUAAAGUGGAUAUCAAGGAUGAGAGCGGUACUGUGGAAGUUACCCGUGAAGUCGACGGCGGUGUCGAGACGUUGAGGGCUAAAUUGCCGAUUGUUAUUACUACCGACCUCCGACUGAACGAGCCUCGUUAUGCCAGUUUGCCCAACAUCAUGAAGGCCAAGAAGAAGCCCUUCGAGAAGAAGACGCUGGCGGAUUUUGGAGUUGAGGAUAAGCGACGACUCAAGACUGUCAAGGUCACUGAACCACCCCCAAGACAAGGCGGCGGCAAAGUGGAGGAUGUCGAUGGACUCGUUUCCAAGCUGAAGGAACUUGGCGCUCUAUAA